UCGGGAAUAUACUUUACCGAAAGAAAACGUUACAGCUUUUAUUUAUAUUCCUUUGGUAAGGGAAAGACCAUUCCUUUCCUUUAUCGAUUUCCCAAACUCAAAGCUUUCCACCGUCAUCAAUGGCGGGCGUUUCUCUCCAGUGUGGAGAUUGCGGUGCUCUCCUCAGAUCAGUAGAGGAAGCCCAACAACACGCUGAACUUACUUCUCAUUCCAACUUUGCUGAAUCAACCGAGCCUGUUCUCAACCUCGUCUGUUCUUCUUGCGGCAAACCUUGCCGAUCCAAGACUGAAAGUGAUUUACACACCAAGAGAACUGGACAUUCUGAGUUUGUUGAUAAGACAUCUGAGACUGUAAAGCCAAUAAGUUUGGAGGUACCGAAAGCAGCUGCUGAGGUUGGAGAAGCAGGCUCAAGUUCUAGCCAAUCGGAAGAAUUGAUUGUUCCUGAGGUCGACAAAAAGAUACUUGAGGAGCUUGAAGCAAUGGGUUUUCCAACUGCUCGAGCAACCCGUGCACUUCAUUAUUCUGGUAAUGGUAGCUUGGAGGCUGCGAUAAAUUGGGUAGUGGAACACGAGAAUGAUUCUGACAUAGACCAGAUGCCUAUGGUACCAGCCAAUACCAAAAUCGAGGCUCCAAAACCUUCCCUUACACCAGAGCAAUUGAAAGCCAAACAACAAGAGCUAAGGGAGAAGGCUCGCAAGAAGAAAGAAGAGGAAGAGAAGAGAAUGGAAAGAGAAAGAGAAAAGGAGAGGAUCCGUGUGGGAAGAGAACUGUUAGAAGCAAAAAGAAUCGAGGAAGAUAAUGAAAGAAAGCGAAUAAUGGCCUUACGCAAAGCUGAGAAGGAGGAAGAGAAAAGAGCUCGGGAAAAAAUUCGUCAAAAAUUGGAAGAAGACAAGGCUGAAAGAAGGCGAAAACUUGGAUUGCCACCAGAAGAUCCUUCAACUGCGAAGCCUCCUCCGCCAGUUGUAGAAGAGAAAAAGCCCAUGUUGCCUAUUAAGCCUGUCACCAAAGUGGAACGAAUGAGGGAGUGUUUACGUUCUCUCAAACAGAAUCACAAGGAGGAUGAUGCCAAAGUGAAGAGAGCUUUCCAGACACUUCUAACUUAUCUAGGGAAUGUUGUCAAAAGUCCCGACGAGGAAAAAUUCAGAAAAAUUAGACUCAGCAACCAAUCGUUUCAGGAAAGAGUUGGAGCUGUAAAGGGAGGCAUAGAGUUUCUUGAGCUGUGUGGAUUUGAAAAAAUUGAAGGUGGCGAGUUCUUGUUUCUUCCCCGGGACAAGGUUGACUUUCCGGUUCUUCGUUCUGCUGGUUCCGAACUCGACUCUGCUAUUAAAAACCCCUUCUUUGGGGUUCUUUAACUGGAAAAAAACAUUCCUUUAAUUAUGAAAUGCUACUUUCCAACUUUCAUCAAUUACAACAAAAGAAAGAAAAUUGUGUUUCUUAAAUUAAAUGGUUGGAAAUUGAGGUGUCUUUUUUUGAUGGCCAUAAGUUUUUUUUUUUUCUGUUCUUUUUUCUGUUUGGGCCAUUAUUUUAAGCUAUAAAUGUAUGCUUUAAUUUCAGGUUUUGAUUUAAUAAAUGGAUUGUUCAUGUAUUAA